CAAUCAUUAAGAAUCUACAUAAAUCAAUCUCAAUACCAGAUUUUUUACUUUAUUUGAUAAUUACACCAAAGAUAAUCAAAGUUUGUUAUUGUUACAACAUUUGCAAAAUGUAUAUCGAGAGAUAAUAAUUAAUAUGUGACUCUUAUGUGAGUGACAUAUAACAAAUUCUCAUAAAGAAGUCGCUUCGUCUUAAAAUUAUUUUACGGUAUGCUUGUUUAUUUACUAAUUUACAGUAUGCUUGUAUCUCUCUAAACAAUUAAUGUCUAUGUGUGAGUACCAUCAACCGUUACCAUUUAUGUGGCAUGUCGUCAUCUCAAAGAUCAUUCUUCAGUAGCCUUGCUCGCACGUACCAAAUGCCGUGAAUCAGGACCUCUGAUUCACCGAGAUCAGCUUGAAAAAAAGAAAGAUAUAGUAGUCGACUUUUAUGAUGACUUAUCAAUUAUUGAAGUCUCACCUGAAAUGACCAUUAAUUAAUCAAUCAUGUAAAUUAAGCAAUCACCAUUAGGCUUCAUUGCUGUUAUGAAUACUGCAGAUGUGUGAUAUCUGUAAAUAUUAAUAAUUAAUUGAUAUGUCGUCUAAUUAAUUGUAACCAUCAAUGAUUCAGAAAAAUCACGUUUUAGGCGAAGAAGGAGAGAGCGGAAAGGGGAGGAAGAGGGCACAGAAGUAAUAUUCGAGGAGUCGAAACCAGAAGAAUAGAAAAAAAGAGAAGAUGCGAGCGAAGAUGGGACUCGUCGGGGGAUUGGCGAUCCCCACCCUGUAUAAAAGCCUUUUUCAGCCAGCGACUUGUUCAGUCUUUCAGUUCGAACGGCGCGGUUGCGUGCGAUUAUCUACGAGGAUCAUCGUCUUCGUUUUGGAGGUUCGCUGGCGGACGAUGCCCUGCUGAAAAAGGAUUCAGUGUCAAAAUGCUGUGGCGUGCCACUCCGAUCUUCUUCAUCUUGGUGAUUGCAACAUCCGUAUCACAAGUCACUCAAGAAUCAAGAAGUACUAAUCGGGAUAACGAUGUGGUUCUGAAUAUUAGCGAUGAACAGAAAAUUCAAUACUUAAGUCAAAACUUAGAGUCAGAUGCAUAUAAAUAUGGUUAUGACGUCAAUCCAAAUGGUCAGUUUCAUCAUGAAGUGCGUGGACCAGAUGGUGUCACUUACGGCUGUUAUGGCUAUAUUGAUUCUUUUGGUCAACUGAAAGCAACAUUUUAUGUUAGUGAUGGAUGGGGUUAUCGUGUUGUUCAGCCAGGGAAAGAUAUAGAAAUAUUUCUUCAUAAACAUGAACAUCAUGAACAUGACGAUAAUCAUGAUCAUCAUGAGCAUCACGGUGUGCUAACACGAUGGAAAGAUUUAUAUUUCCCUGCGGUAUGUGGGCGAUAUGAAAAUCCGACUGCUCAAUUCCCAAUAAGGCCAGAUGCAGGAGCACCUAUUGGAAGCGGAUCAGCGAUUGAUGCAACGCCGACUCGACCAGGAACACCCGGCAUACCUGGUAAACCAGGUACAUCAGGAUUGCCUCCACAGCCAGGACGUCCAGGUACUCCAGGUACUCCUGGUACACCAGGAACAUCAGGAAAACCGGGAAAACCAUCUUAUCCCGGAUAUCCAGGAACGUCAGGAACACCCGGAAUUCCUGGCGUCCCAGGUACGCCAGGAUUGCCACCGCAUCCAGGAUAUCCAGGCACACCGGGAACACCAGGAACACCCGGUACUCCAGGAACAUCGGGAAAACCCUCUUAUCCGGGAUAUCCAGGAACGCCAGGAACACCCGGAAUUCCUGGCACACCAGGUACGCCAGGAUUGCCGCCACAGCCAGGAUAUCCAGGCACACCGGGAACACCAGGAACACCCGGUACACCAGGAACAUCGGGAAAACCGUCUUAUCCGGGAUAUCCAGGAACACCCGGAAUUCCUGGCACACCAGGUACGCCAGGAUUGCCUCCACAGCCAGGAUAUCCAGGCACACCGGGAACACCAGGAACACCCGGUACACCAGGAACAUCGGGAAAACCCUCUUAUCCGGGAUAUCCAGGAACACCCGGAAUUCCUGGCACACCAGGUACGCCAGGAUUGCCACCACAUCCAGGAUAUCCAGGCACACCGGGAACACCAGGAACACCCGGUACUCCAGGAACAUCGGGAAAACCCUCUUAUCCGGGAUAUCCAGGAACGCCAGGAACACCCGGAAUUCCUGGCACACCAGGUACGCCAGGAUUGCCGCCACAGCCAGGAUAUCCAGGCACACCGGGAACACCAGGAACACCCGGUACACCAGGAACAUCGGGAAAACCGCCUUAUCCGGGAUAUCCAGGAACGCCAGGAACACCCGGAUUUCCUGGCACACCAGGUACGCCAGGAUUGCCACCACAUCCAGGAUAUCCAGGCACACCGGGAACACCAGGAACACCCGGUACUCCAGGAACAUCGGGAAAACCGUCUUAUCCGGGAUAUCCAGGAACGCCAGGAACACCCGGAAUUCCUGGCCUCCCAGGUACGCCAGGAUUGCCACCACAUCCAGGAUAUCCAGGCACACCGGGAACACCAGGAACACCCGGUACUCCAGGAACAUCGGGAAAACCGUCUUAUCCGGGAUAUCCAGGAACGCCAGGAACACCCGGAAUUCCUGGCCUCCCAGGUACGCCAGGAUUGCCACCACAGCCAGGAUAUCCAGGCACACCGGGAACACCAGGAACACCCGGUAUACCAGGAACAUCGGGAAAACCGUCUUAUCCGGGAUAUCCAGGAACGCCAGGAACACCCGGAAUUCCUGGCCUCCCAGGUACGCCAGGAUUGCCACCACAGCCAGGAUAUCCAGGCACACCGGGAACACCAGGAACACCCGGUAUACCAGGAACAUCGGGAAAACCGUCUUAUCCGGGAUAUCCAGGAACGCCAGGAACACCCGGAUUUCCUGGCCUCCCAGGUACGCCAGGAUUGCCACCACAGCCAGGAUAUCCAGGCACACCGGGAACACCAGGAACACCCGGUACACCAGGAACAUCGGGAAAACCGCCUUAUCCGGGAUAUCCAGGAACGCCAGGAACACCCGGAUUUCCUGGCACACCAGGUACGCCAGGAUUGCCGCCACAGCCAGGAUAUCCAGGCACACCGGGAACACCAGGAACACCCGGUACACCAGGAACAUCGGGAAAACCGUCUUAUCCGGGAUAUCCAGGAACACCCGGAAUUCCUGGCACACCAGGUACGCCAGGAUUGCCUCCACAGCCAGGAUAUCCAGGCACACCGGGAACACCAGGAACACCCGGUACACCAGGAACAUCGGGAAAACCCUCUUAUCCGGGAUAUCCAGGAACACCAGGAAUUCCUGGCACACCAGGUACGCCAGGAUUACCACCAUACCCAGGAUAUCCAGGCACACCGGGAACACCAGGAACAUCGGGAAAACCUGGAAAACCGUCUUAUCCGGGAUAUCCAGGAACGCCAGGAACACCCGGAAUUCCUGGCACACCAGGUACGCCAGGAUUGCCACCACAGCCAGGAUAUCCAGGCACACCGGGAACACCAGGAACACCCGGUACACCAGGAACAUCGGGAAAACCGCCUUAUCCGGGAUAUCCAGGAACGCCAGGAACACCCGGAUUUCCUGGCACACCAGGUACGCCAGGAUUGCCUCCACAGCCAGGAUAUCCAGGCACACCGGGAACACCAGGAACACCCGGUACUCCAGGAACAUCGGGAAAACCCUCUUAUCCGGGAUAUCCAGGAACGCCAGGAACACCCGGAAUUCCUGGCACACCAGGUACGCCAGGAUUGCCUCCACAGCCAGGAUAUCCAGGCACACCGGGAACACCAGGAACACCCGGUACUCCAGGAACAUCGGGAAAACCGUCUUAUCCGGGAUAUCCAGGAACACCCGGAAUUCCUGGCACACCAGGUACGCCAGGAUUGCCUCCACAGCCAGGAUAUCCAGGCACACCGGGAACACCAGGAACACCCGGUACUCCAGGAACAUCGGGAAAACCGUCUUAUCCGGGAUAUCCAGGAACACCCGGAAUUCCUGGCACACCAGGUACGCCAGGAUUGCCGCCACAUCCAGGAUAUCCAGGCACACCGGGAACACCAGGAACACCCGGUACACCAGGAACAUCGGGAAAACCCUCUUAUCCGGGAUAUCCAGGAACGCCAGGAAUUCCUGGCACACCAGAUACGCCAGGAUUGCCGCCACAGCCAGGAUAUCCAGGCACACCGGGAACACCAGGAACACCCGGUACUCCAGGAACAUCGGGAAAACCCUCUUAUCCGGGAUAUCCAGGAACACCCGGAAUUCCUGGCACACCAGGUACGCCAGGAUUGCCUCCACAGCCAGGAUAUCCAGGUAUUUCAGGUAUUCCUGGUAUACCAGGCACUCCAGGAAAACCAGGAACUCCAGCCUAUCCAGGAUAUCCAGGAACGCCAGGAACACCGGGCAUACCUGGUAUUCCAGGUUCGCCAGGAUUGCCUCCACAGCUAGGAUAUCCAGGCACACCGGGAACACCAGGAACACCCGGUACACCAGGAACAUCAGGAAAACCGUCUUAUCCAGGAUAUCCAGGAACGCCAGGAACACCCGGUAUUCCUGGCACACCAGGUACGCCAGGAUUGCCUCCACAGCCAGGAUAUCCAGGUACACCGGGAACACCAGGAACACCCGGUAAACCAGGAACAUCGGGAAAACCGUCUUAUCCGGGAUAUCCAGGAACACCCGGAAUUCCUGGCACACCAGGUUAUCCUGGUUAUCCUCAUUAUCCUGGCUAUCCAACAUAUCCAGAAGGUCCAGAAGGUUCGGAAGGACCUGAAGGUCCAAUUGGUGGCAUUGGUGGCGUAGGAGGUAUCGGUGGUACAGGUGGUGAAGGUGAAGAUGGAGCUAAUGGUCCUGAUGGUCCAUGGCCAACUGGUUCGCCAGGUCCUAACGGUCCGUGGCCUGGCGAUCCAGAUUACGUAGCUCCAGUAAAAACAAAUAGACCUUCACAUAAAGGGUCGAUAAAGAAUCAACUAUCUAAGACUUAUUCGUUUGGUACUCACGAUCGUAACUCUGGUUCACCAUAUUACUCGAAAAACAAAAUUGAUUCUUCGUAUGCGAACUAUACUGUAAAGAAUACCAAAUCAACGACAUUUCCCGACUUCGCAAAAGUAGGCACACCAUUAUAUAUAAACCAGAAAGAAUAUAAAUCUCAAGGCGAAAUAUCAUCAACGUAUGGAAAGCAAAAAUCUUACAAUGCAGAUGAAAUCAAUUCGCUGCAAACAGUUUCGACACCGCCAAUAUUGAGGUAUACUGUUGAGAAUUAUGAAAACACAGAUUUGCUUAAACUAACUCCACGACCUUCUAAUUACGUUACCCAUACGGAAGUAAAAUCAGAAAAGGAAUCAUCUAGGAAUUUCGACCAAUUUUCUGUGCACGAUGAAGAUCAAUAUCAGAAAUCAGUAUACUAUCCAAACUCACAACGGCAAUUCUCCAAAGGUCCAAACCGAUUUAAAGCAGGACGACAAGAGAGCACAUUUAAUUCUCGUGAAGAAUACAAUAAUUCCGCCGAUGAAGAUAGCAAACCAAUUUCUAAUGUACCAUUGGAUGGACUUCCAACUGGUCCAGAAAAACAGGUAAAUGCACGCCUUGAACAAUCAUCCCAGGCGAGUCCCGGCCUCGACGCUAUUGGGGUUCAGCCGCCCAAUUUCAUCAACGUCAAGCCCUUCCCGCUACCUGUAGGGCCAGACCCACAAGCAUGUCCUUGUUACCUAGUCGAGUCGAAUAACAGCACAAACGUAGCAAUCAGCACGACUCCCGCCCCUAUCAUUGGUCAGUUUGGAUUCAUUCCUGUUAUUUUUGUACCAUACUGUCCCGGAGACGAGAUGGACAGCAAUAAGAUGAAGGUCAUCUUUCCAUCCGCCACCCCCGUCCUAUAUGCAUGCGAUGCAUGCGGCACACAAGACAGCAAACUCGGUAUAAAGACGCUCGACGUAACGCAGCUUGGCAAUAUCGAUUACCUCAAAGACGCAUUAAGUCAAGCCAAUCUUGGCUUUUUGAAUGUUCCAGUGAAGACCAGCAUCGGACGAAGAAGGAGCAAAGCCAGAAGAGCAGAAUGAGGAGUACUGCUAACUUAUCUUAAAUUGUAAUCGUUCUCGAAAAAGAAAUUUACCCUAUUCUAGAGAAUAUCAAUAAAUAUAUGGGAUAUUAGCAUUGCCCGUCCGUCAGCUGCUGGUUAGCUGAUGGAUGGCCAAUUAAGAAUAAUUAUUGCUUACCAGAAUAAUCAAAUUUAGCGAGAUACCCGGAGAAUGGGGAGUACAAGAAGAGAUUAAUUCUUCAAUAGUUAAUACUUUUACAAAUCAAAAAUCACUUUUAAAUUCAAGUUUACAUAUAAAUCAUGUAAUUAUUCUAUUAUUUGGCUAAAGCAUAAAAAAUUAAGGGAAGAAUUAUAUUACUUUAUAAUUUAUAUGAAAAUCUUUCAAGCGUAAAGUCUAAAAAGGAAAUCUUUUAAAUUACAUGAUUUAUUAAUCAUUCUUGCUUUAAACUUUUUAUACAUUGUCAUAUUAUUUUACCAUUUAAAUAUGAUUAAAUUAUCCUUAUAUAUUAUUUAUAAAAAUUGAUAUUCAUUGUGUAAAAGCAACAGAUGCUAAAGAUUCGUAUUAUAAAUUGCUGAGUAUGAUUAUUCUUUUUAAUAUGUAGUUUGAUGCGAAACUGUUGAAAGCUUUCGUUAAUAAAACGUCAGUUCCAGUUUCUGUUUUUCAAGAGAAAUAUCAACUAAUAUCCUGAUAUUUAUUAUUAGAAUUUAUGGUAGGGAUUUCAACUCUUUAUGUUCGAUUUUCUGAUACAAGUGGAGGGUUAAAUAGCAUGUAAUGAACAUUAAAUAUAGAUUAUGUAAUAUAUACUUGAAAAAUUAUACAAAAUUUAAUUAAAAUAAAGAAAUGAUUAAUAAAACUUUACACCAAACAAUAUGUAAUUCAGUAUUCAGAUAUAGAUAACAUAUACAAAUUACUUUAAAAUUUAGUUUUCUAACGGAAGAUGUUUGCAGAUUCUUUCGAGUUUGCAUAUCAUUUAAGUUUUCAUAUUUUUAGUGCACGGAGAGUUAUUAUAAACAUGUAGAAAAUUGUUAAUGUUUAUAAUUAAGAUGAUUGUAUUCCGCAUAAUAUAUAGUUUUACUCUUAUCUAUAUAUAUAAGAUGAUACAUUUUAAAAUAAAUGCUGUUACAAUUUAA